CUGAGUCUCCUUGUACUAGCACCCCUGGGAGUGGCAAUACCUGUCAGAAGUCCAAUGUGAUGGUCAGAUUUCUUCUAAGGAAUCAGGAGAUGAGAUGGCUUGUGAUGUUGUGGCUGAGAGAAACAGCAAAUGACUGAUGCGCAAGUAACUUUUGAGAAGACUAAUCUGGAGUCAACCAAAAUGGACAGCAGUUGUGAGAUUCAGUUCAAGUCAGAAGCUGUAGCUUUUGUUAAACCAGAUCUUACGGGCAUAUCUCAGGAUGAUGAUAAUGUAGCCCUGUGUGAAGCUGAGAAAUCUGUCAACUUAGGCUCUCCAGUUCAUAAAGGCCAGUCACCACUUGGACAAAGCUCUUCUGAGGGGAAGGAUACAAAUGGGCUCACGCCAAGAGAGGGUGAAGUGAUCAAGAAAUUUUUGAAUAAUAAUGCCAGCCAAUUGACGUUUCCCGGGCUCUUUUUCUUAGAACAAGGCCUUAAAGAAGGUGAACUUUGUGUCUUCUUCCGCAACAAUCACUUCCACACCAUGCUUAAGCAUGACAAUGAACUCUAUAUUCUGGUUACUGAUCAAGGCUAUCUGAAUGAGCGAGACUUGGUUUGGGAGAAAUUAAAUGAGGUGAACGGCGAUUCAGUUUUCGUGGAUGGUGACUUCAAGGUCUUCAAGUGUGGCGAGAGUAGCAACUGGGAUCAACAGUAUGCACUUAGUAAUACUGCGGAUUAUAUCUACAGCAUCAACAGUGCAUCAAAAGAAGGCGUGGAGGUUGAUCCCGAUCUCAAAAUGGCGAUGGAGUUGCAGGAACGAGAGUUGGGCGGAGACAUUGGGUUUUGAGGAGAAUUGUGAAAUAUUACACACCAAAUGACCCAGAUAAGUUUACUGGAUGGCUAUAUGAAACUACCAAAUGAUAAGCAUUGUUACAGCUGAAACGGUGUGUUCAAGCGACGCUGAUUGAAGAGGGAUGAAUGUUAGUCAUCAGAUGUGUAAUAUCUCUGCAGGUAUCAAUGAAGAAGCAAUCACAUGUCUCCUUCUUCCUUAAUACAAGAAGUGAAAGCAGUCCAAUGACUGUCCAAAGAUGCAUAUAUGUACAAUCAUGAAUGUAAAUUCUCCUCCUUUCUAUGUAAAGUUUAGCUUCUUUUUCAUUGAUUGUUUGGUUUUACAAAUAAAUUAUAGAUUUAGCUAAGCAAUCAGAGGUUCAGAGCUUUCCGAUUCUUGCUUUGUGAUCAGUGUACUGCAUGUAUAUUUUGAGAAUAUUUUCUGCAACUGAAUCGAAAGUAAGGUGGAUUCAGUCCCAUUAACAGUGUCAAAAUCUUUCUUUUCCUAAUAUGUGCGUUGAAAAGAAAAUCAUAAGAAGAUAAGCAUACCUUCAAAUAGC